UGUAUGUAAACACGAAUGCUUUGAGUAAACAUUCAAACAAAAACUCUCGUGCCCUUUGUUCGUGUCAGUCGUUGUGACAAUCUACUUUUCCCAUUCUGCCCGAGACGCCCUGUUACACUAGGACCUUUGUCGUUAUCACCCCAAACAUGAAGUUCACUCUAGGGUUGCUUGUCUUCCUGUCUGGCGUGUUUUUAUCCAAGGGAUUCUUUGCUUGGAAAAAUUGCGUGAAACCAUCCAACGAAUCACUCUUUACUGUGAAACAUGCGCAUGCCUGCGAGAACAAAGCCGCUGUCCAGCUGAUUUGCAAUGCAGGGUACAAAAUCGCCAUCAAAGACGCGUUCUUCGGUCAUGGAUGGAAUUACAAGGCGAAGUGUGACAGUAGCUGGAUCUCUCAGGAUUGCCGGGCACCGGAAGUGAAAUGGCGAGUGAUAGAACUGUGCGAGGGCAACCGGACAUGCGUGAUAGUACCCAUGCAGGCGAACCUGGGUGUGACCGGGUGUCGGUACGGCCUUAAGGCCGACCUGUUCGUAGAUUAUUUUUGUGAGCAAGACCCCAUUCCGCUCGAUCCUUCCGACACAAUCGCCAUCAACUCGAUGCAGCUGACGCCGAGCCCCCUAGCCCUCCCAGGGACGGUGAACGUAUCGGCCACCUUGACCAUCAAGCGUCACCUGCCCUCUUACACUACCCUACGACUCAACAUUCAAAAGAAGGUGUUCGGGCUGUUCUGGUUGCGCAUUCCGUGUAUCAAGGGCAUGGGGUCAUGCGACUACAGUAAUUUCUGCGAGAUGGUACGAAGUGCAGCGUUCAGCAAGUGUGACGAGGUGAUGGAAGCACAGGGUGUGCCUUGUGAUUGUCCUAUCCCCACGGGUCAGUUUGCUCUCCCCUUACAGUCGAUACCAGUCCCUGCGGAUAUGCUCAGUGCCAUCCCUGUCCCCGACUGGGUAGUAAAUGGUAAGUACUGGGUGAGAGCGGAGUUCCUUGAUCCUUUCUCCCGCCACCUUGGCUGCAUCGAAGUUCAAGCUGAAGUUGACGUCAGCACGCCGUAGAUCACGUGACUUACUCGGGUUGUACAGAUGUACAAAAAAUGUCAAAGAAAUAAUGAUCCAAAUGUAGCAAUACAAAAAAUAAAAUCACCGAGGCA